AUGAGCAAUACAAGAACAAAUUCUCCUUUAAAACUUUCAAAUGAGAAGUUAUCAUUAUUUUCUGCAGUAAAAAGUUCAGGAAAAAUAAGUUUAUACACUGAUAAUGAUGAACAUAAUCAUUCAAAUUCUAUUACUCUGAAUCUUAAGGACACUCCCAAAGUAUCUGUAAAAAAAAUAUCAAAUACAAAAUCUUCGACAAUUUUUAAAAAAGACGAUCAGUUUAAAGAUAUGGUUUUACAUAACUUAAUCAUUUUAAAACACAGCAUCAGAAAUUUGGAUGAAAAAUUGGAUUUGUUAAUUGAAAAAAGUUCAAAAAGAAGUACAGAAAAUUCAAAUAUAAAUUAUGAUGAUGAUAUUGACUACAGUAACCUAUAUUGUCUUUUCCCAAUUGAAGAUAUAAGUACUCUUAAUGAUAUCGAGGAACAAUUGGUGUCGGAUAAAAAAUAUCACAAAUCAUUGACAAAUAAACUAAUUGGUCUUGGUGGCAAAACGGUACAAAUAUAUAUAAAAAGAGUUAUGCAGCUUUUGUUCUCUGAUGAACUUUUAAAAUUAUAUUCAUUCAAUGGUCGAGGAAACAAAAAAAAAAUGUUUUUCUAA